AUGAAUACAUCUCCUUUUUUAACUUGUGGUAGGGGGUUAUUGCGCACGUUUACGGCUCCAUGUACGACAAGAAAUGUCCAUCAGAUCCCGCACUAUGAAAAUCACAUCAGAUUCAGUCCAAUAGACGGCCGAAAACGACCCGCGCAGGACGUUCUCGAUCGUUUCAAAAGACUUAACAAUGGUGGGUCUUUUACAUUGUUUUUGUUUUCAAUUCUAGGGCUAGUAAACAAGCAUUUUUUUUGUUUCUCAAUGUAACAUUAAUUAUUUAUGUCUUCGAAAUACAUACUUUAUCUAAUAUAUAAUAGGCAUGUGGAUCAAAGCUAUACCUGGAAGACAUAAACAACGAUACAUGAAAGACGAAGUUUGGAACGAGAUUUCUGAAGACUUCGAGACAUGUACAAAAGAAGAGUGCGAGAUGUUGGACAAGAUGAUGAGUCCUUUUUGGUUAAGGAAGGUUCACUAUCCGAAUGAUCCUUUUCGGGCUUAUCAUGUCAGACAUGGUUUGAACACUCCUAGGGUUGAUCACAAGAAAAGAUUUAUCCGAGAACGGACGAAAGUUCUGCUGGACGACACAACUUCAUUAAAAUAUAUGUGUGAUCGUUAG